AAAGACUUCGCUUCCUGUGCUCAACAUGGCUGAAGCAGAGGCUGCAAAGGAAGCCGCAGACGGGGAUUUCGAGGCAUCAGCCUUUGAACAGCUGGAAAGAGACUUCCAGGAGAUCUUACAGGAACUCGUAGGAGACAAGUCGCUGGAGCACUUCCGGAACGAGUAUGAGAAACUGCAUCGAGCCUUGAAGAAGUCUCAUGAGAGUGAGAAGCACCUCAUCAAGAAGUGCAGAGAACUGAAUCAAGAGAUCGUCGCAAAUGCCGUCAAGGUCCAGACAGCUUUGAAGCUGUCGCAAGAAGAUCAAGCCACCAUCACGGCGCUGAAGAAGGAGAUCGAACGCGCCUGGAAGAUGGUUGAGGCCUCCCAUGAAAAGGAGCAGAGAGCCCGAGAGACGAUCCAAAAUCUCAAGUCCGAGAUCACCAAGUUGGGUCGCUUAGUGGAGCAAGGUGCCGGACUUAGCAUCAACCAGGAGAACAUGGUGAACCAACUCGUUCAGGAGAAGAAUGACUUGGUGAAGCAUCGGGACAUGUUGCAGGGCCAGGUGCAGCAGAUGCAGCAACAAAACACCGACCUCAACUCCAAAGUCGCCAAGUUAGAACAGGAGCGAUUGCAGGGCAAUGGCGAACUCCUGAAGUUGCGGGAUGCCUUUCAGAAGCUCCAAGAGGAUGCUGAAGCAAAACAAAAGCGGAAAGAAAAGUUGGACAAGGACCUCAAGGAGAUGAGACAAGGUCUGGAGUCCAAACAAAGCGAAGUCAACGCCAAGCGAGAAGAACUGGCGCGGGGCGAGGAGAUCCAAAAGCAUCUCACGCGUCAGCUGAGAGAAGAGAAGCAGGAGGAAGAGCGUUUGGGGAUCCGAUGUACACAGCUAAAUGGCAACGCUCAGCAUUUAGACAAGCAGGUCAACGAGGAGAUGUCUGCGAAGAAUCGCUUAGAGGAAGAGCAGAAAGACCUGAAAGCCCAGUUGAAGUUCCGGCAGGAUGAGAUCUACUCGCUGAAAUCCUCGAAACAGAAAAUGCAAAAGGUUUUGGAGGCCAUGCAGAUCCAAAAAGAUAAGGACGACGCCGAGUCGCGUCGAUUGGAGGCGCGCACCGCCAGCAUGCGCGGUGAAGUCUCGGAACUGCAGAAGGAGUUGGAGAAGCUGAAGAGAGAAUCUGAAGCACAGGAGAAACAGGUCACAGACUUGCUCCACGAACGGGACAUCCUGGGGAAGGCGUUGAUGAAGGGCGAUGAACGCUCAAAGCAACAAGUGGAACUGGUGGAUCUUCACAAAGGACAAGCGCAGACCUUGUCCAAGGACUUGCACCGCUGGAAGUCAGAGCUAGAUCUGAAGCUUCAACGGAUGCACGAACUGGAUCGACAGAGGGAGAAAUAUGCAGGAGAUCUACAGCAGGCCAAGCAACGCUGUGAGGUGGCACAGGAGCAGUUGCGAGGUCGUGAGUCAGAAAUGGCGCGACUGAAGCGAAGUAUCGCCGACGUCCGCGCCAAAUGGGCUCAGCAAAAGAACCUCUACGAGGCAGUUCGAACGGAUAAGAACCUCUACUCCAAAAACCUGGUGGAGUCGCUGGAAGAGAUUAAUGAGAUGAGAAAAAAGUUCAAGGUGAUGUGCCACCAGAUCGAACAGUUGAAGGAGGAAAUCAAAGAAAAAGACGUUCGAAUGAUUGAGGAUCACUCGAAACACGUGCAGAUCAGCAAGGAGACGGAGAAGACCAAACACUCCGUGGAGAACCAAGAGAAGCAGCUGACCAAAGCACAACAGGUUGUUGAGCAACAACAAGCUGACAUCAAAAAGCUGGAGGCCACCAUCCAAGAAGCGGAGACGGAACGCCAGAACCAGCGCAAGGAGUUCGAGGCCGUGACCUCUGAACGGAACAUCUUGGGGAAGCAGCUGAUCCGACGCAAUGAGGAGCUUUCAUUGAUCUAUGAGAAGAUCAAGAUCCAGGAAAGCACCUUGUCAAAGGGCGAGGCGCAGUACAAGAAACUCUUGGAUGGUCUGCAUGGACAGCGGGGCGAUAUCGGCGAGCUGAAGCGCGACUUGUACAUUGCACGGCAGCAGGCGGAAUCCGCUGGAAGCCUUGAGAAAGAGGUCUACCACUUACAGCGGGAACUGCUGCAGGAGCGAACCAAGGUGCGCGCUCUGUCCGAAGAGUUGGAGAAUCCCAUGAACGUUCACCGCUGGAGGAAAUUGGAGGGUUCUGAUCCGGCCAUGUACGAAUUGAUUCAGAAGGUCCGGAGCUUGCAAAAGCGGCUCAUCGCUAAGACGGAGGAGGUCGUGGUGAAAGACAUCGAAAUCCAAGAGAAGGACAAACUCCACAAGGAGUUGAACGGCAUCUUGGAGAAGCAGCCAGGGCCCGAAGUCUUGGAACAAUUAGAGCAGUACCAGGAGACCUAUGCGGCCAAGCAGAAACAGAUGAAGGCCAUGCAAAGCGAGUUGCACACCUAUCAGUCACAGGUGUCGGAUUACAAGCAUGAGAUUGACCGACUGAAUCGGGAACUCCAAGAAGUGAAGAAGAAAUUCUACGAUCAGAAGAAACGGGAAAUGAUUCAACAGGAGGCCCAACGGGGCGACAGUCGUGUCAUUCAUCCCCGACCUGUGCCGCAGGUUCGCUACAUGGGCGGUUUGUUCAGCUUGGCACACUAAGGUCUCCAGUUUCACUGUCGAUCUACGAAUUUGGGCGAGAACGCAGAUAAUGCAGGGCUGCACCUCAGAGCGGCUGCGCUUCCAAAGUCUUCUAGUUUUUUAUGAUCGUUUUUAUGGUUUAUCGC